AUGGCGAACAAAUUCCUCAUACCGUUCCUGGUCGGCAUGAUGCUGCUGACCGGAGUCUGCAACACGCUCCUUACCAAAUACCAAGAUCUCGUAUGCGUCGGUGACUGCGACACCCCAAAACCGCGCCGCUUCUCGCAGCCAGUCAUUCAAACUGCACAAAUGUUCAUUGGCGAAGCAGCCUGCUGGCUAAUCGUCCUCCUCCUGAACCUCUACAACAGGCUUCUGUCCCGCUCCAAAAACAGCGGCUACAAGCCCCUCCUAGCCUCCACCUCCACGCCUCCCUCCGACGACGACGAACCCGUCGAAGACCUCCGCCAAUCCCUCAGCUCACUCGACCCUCACACACCCAUCGCAAAAUCCCUCCUCCCAGACCCUACAGAACACCGGCGUGAGCUGAAUGGCUGGAAGAUACUGCUGCUAGCGCUACCGGCGUGUUGCGAUCUCAGCGGUACAACCCUCAUGAAUGUCGGACUCCUUUUCGUGGCCGCUAGUAUCUACCAGAUGACGCGAGGCGCGCUGGUGCUAUUCGUUGGACUCUUCAGCGUAGUAUUCCUGCGAAGAAGGUUACAGGCGUAUCAGUGGAGUUCACUCUUCAUUGUUGUACUAGGUGUGGCUGUCGUGGGGUUGGCGGGGGCCAUUCAGCCAAAUCCACAAGCGCAGCCGGAGACGGGCGCUGAUGGUAAUCCUACAUUAGGGGAGAGAGGGAUGAGGAUGGUCAGAGGGAUGGGUGAAGAGGUGCAGACGAUGGCAGAGCCCAGCGCUGUGCUGCUUACAAUCCUGGGUAUACUGGCGAUCGCGGGCGCGCAAGUGUUUACGGCGAGUCAAUUCGUGCUGGAGGAGUGGAUCCUGGAAAACUAUGCAUUGGAGCCAUUGAAGGUUGUGGGGUGGGAAGGCACUUUUGGAUUCAUUGUCACAAUCGUCGCUAUGAUCAUCCUGCACCUGACCGUUGGGCGGACAGAGCAGGGCAAAAAUGGCUACUUUGACGCCGUGGAAGGGUGGCGGGAAAUUACGGAGUACAGAUCCAUUGCUGUUUCAUCAGUGCUGAUCAUGAUCAGCAUCGGUGGCUUCAACUUCUUUGGACUCAGUAUUACGAGAAGCGUCAGUGCGACGGCGAGGAGUAUCAUCGAUACCUGUCGGACCUUGUUCAUAUGGAUCGUGAGUCUGGGACUUGGAUGGGAGACGUUUAAAUGGCUGCAGAUUGUGGGCUUUGCGCUGCUUGUCUAUGGGACUUUCUUGUUCAAUGAUAUCGUGCAGCCGCCGAUGAGAGCUUGUGCGAGGAGAAAGAGAGAGGAGUUGCUGUCGGAGCAGCCGAUUGAACAUAAUUAG